AUCGAACGUCUUAGGACAUGCUCUACGUUGUUAUAGGAAUAAGCCUUCUUGUGCGCGCUUCUGAGGGUUUGUUGUGUUUAAAAUGCAACGAUGUUGCCCAGCCGAGACAUUGUACGACUGUCGUUGAAUGUCCGCACUCGGAUGUAUGUUACGUUGACCGAUCUGUAAAUGACAUUGGAGAAACUAGUUACAUUUUAGGAUGUUCACCUGCAAAUAUUUGCACCAACAUUACCUCAACGUCCCAAUCCAGCAGAUGUACAAACUGUUGUGGAUCCAAUUUAUGUAAUCAUCAGGCGUGUGGAGAACCGGACUACCCUUCCGACAGGGGCCUUAUUUGCUACAGCUGCCAUGAUCCAGUACCAGCCGGCAGAUGUCACAAUAUUGAAUUUUGUAGGAGUGGAGAAGAAUGUAGCGUCACUGGGAAUCAACUAUUUGGAACCAUGGUUUUCACGUCCAAGUGCCAAAAGGCCUUUUUUGAAAACAAGUUUCGACAAAUUGUUUACUGUUUGGGUGACCGUGCAAGGCAGUAUUCCAAAUACAUGUUGUAG